UGACAUCUCGCGAGAACUCCCGGAGAGCUUCAGCACUCAGCUGCACAGGUGAGCUGAUUGACUACAGGUGACCACGCCAUGCCAGCGACGGUUUUCUCCCAUGAAGCAGCAUUUUGAGCAGCAGGUGUAGCCCACGAAACAUGCCAGUGAACAACAACCAGAAGGUGCAGAGUGCAGCUGCCAGGCUGGCCAAGCUGCCCCUGGUUCACUCUGCUUGUACCAAGCUGUCAGUGUUGUACGUUGACACUAAAUGCAGCCACCCCAGCCUGAGGUCUGUGUGUGAGCUGCUGGAGAGCAGCGUGACAGCUGUAGUUUUACCUGUCAUUGUUAAACUGGAGCCCCACAUUUCCAUUGCAAAUGGUGUAGCAUGUAGAAGUCUUGACUGGCUGGAGUCUGCAUUCCCAGUGCUUCACGCACCAACAGAGCAGAUUGUUGCCUCUGCCAAGAACAAGAUGCAUGAGAUCCAGGAUGUGGUGAGCAUCGCAGCUAAUGGCACUAUGUUCUGUGUGGAGCACACGGUGGCGUGGCUGACUGGUGGGAUACAGCAGGUUGAUGAGCAGGCUGACCAGUCACUGGUGGAGAGAGCCAUCAGCGUGGCCAGCGUGGGACUAGACUCGGCUCUGAGCACGUCAGAGGCUCUGAUGGACCGAGUGCUUCCGUCCACUGAAGAAGAUAAAGAGGAGGAAGCUAACUUGGUGGAGGGUUUUGAGGCGGCCACGCUCAGGAGAAGAUACCCCGUGCGACUGGUGUCACUUGCCGCCGAGCUGUGUAGGAGGACCUACAACAUGGUCGGCACCAAGAUGCCAUCAGUUCAGGUGUGCUGUCAUGGAGAAUUUGUCCAGGUCCACAGGUCUGGUUCAAGACCUUCAGACCAGCUGGCUGAACUUGAACUGGAGCAUCCAGAUGCUGCCUCAGUACCUGCAGCAUCAGCUUGUGUCUGCAUUCUUCUUUAUCUCCCAGAUGUACAACUUAAGCUGCCCGCCACCCCAACCUCAUCAGGAUAGAAGGAGUCUCAAUGCUGCCGAGACCUCCUCGACUCACAAGGGCCUGGGCCAGGUCCAGCCACAAGCUAAGCCAAGCAUCCGAGCGAGGCGGCUAACCAAGACACCUGGGUUUGACAAUGGAUGUUAUGUAAAAGGAUGUGUUCGUUGAUUUAUACGAUUGUAAUUAUGAGGUUUGUGUGCUGAAUUCAGUUGCUUCCGGAGAGGUAUAACUGAAUAUUAAAAUAAGCUGAACAUUCAUG